UUUAAACAGUCCACAAUGCCUUGCGGUGUCCCAGUUCCAAUGUGAUGUAUUUACCAGCAGGGGUACUGAAACGGGGAGAGGGGCUUUUUCCGCAGCUUAUUGGUGAGCCCCCAAAAGGCUAGCGCACAGAGAAGACCGAAGCAAACUUUCGGACAGAGGACCAACAUAUCGUUAUCUGUUUUUUCGAGGCAUCCGUAACCUUGUAUUCUGUUUUUGUCCAGCAGUCAAACGUUACUUUGUCGCAGUUCGUUGGAAGUGAUUCAUUGGGCAAUGGUGAAGGAGGACAAAUGUUGCGGAAUUCGCAUCUUUACCUGUGUUUUCCUCCUAAACUUCACUUCAGAUAGGGAGCCCUGAGCCGAAUCUUAUUUGUGCCAUAAAGUGAAGCAGCCAGAGUGACUUCAACUGCCUGUUAAUAAUGUCAAGGCCAACACAGCACAGAAGGUCCCCUUGCUUCUGACCUAACAUGGAGCUUAAGGUCUGGGUGGAUGGAGUCCAGAGGGUCAUCUGUGGGGUCACUGAGGCAACCACCUGCCAGGAAGUAGUGAUUGCUCUAGCCCAGGCCAUAGGUCGCACUGGGAGAUACACUCUGGUUGAAAAAUGGCGGGACACUGAACGUCACCUUGCUCCUCAUGAGAGCCCUGUGGCCUCUCUGAACACCUGGGGCCAGUAUGCUGGUGACGUCCAGCUGAUCCUGCAUCGUACAGGUCCCUCCCUAACUGAGCGACCUCCCUCAGAAGGACCCCCUCUCAGGGGACCUGAACGUGGGCUGCAUCGGCAGAGCCUCCCUCCCCUUGCAAAGCUUCGUCAUCCCAACGAUCACUCCCUCCGACGUCGUGAACCACGCAACAAGUCCCUCACAUUCACCGGUGCACCUCGAGGCCUAAGGGAGAUCUUGAGCGGGGGCCGGAUCGGGGAAGGUGAGGCUAAACGGAGACUUCUCUUGGGAAAUGGUGGGAAUCACCACCAUACAGGACCAGCAAUCAGGAAUGUAUCCCCUGGCCUGUGGGCCUGUCACAUGGAAGAUCUGGUCAGACUAGUCGGUCUACAGAGAGAGACUCUCAGCGUGCUGGAGAGAAAGCUGGAAGCCUAUGAGGCUGAGCUCCAAGCCUGGGCUGAAGGGCGAGGGGGGCGAGGUGGAGGGUGCACUGGGGACCCAGGUGGUGGAGGAGGGCUGAUAGAAGAGAUCCUGCGGCUGGAGAGACAUCUGAGGAAGAAUGAGGUGGAGAUGGAGGAGGAGGAGUUUUGGGCCACUGAGCUACAGAUUGAAUUAGAGAGUGAAAGACAGUUGGAAGAAAAACUACAGGAGCUGCGAGGACACCUGCAGGGCUGUGAACUGGAGAUUGAAGAAAAGCUGGCAAUGAUGCAGGGUGUAGAGGCAGGUCUGGAAGAGGAGCGGCUGCAGAGGGAGCGGCAGGAGACCCAGUGGGUCAGCGAGGCGGAGGCUCGGGCUCAGGUCCUCAGGGUCAGAACAGAGCUGAAAGCCCAGGAGAGACAGGCUGUCCAGCUGGAGAGCAGCUGCAGAGCUGUGGACAGGUCAAUUGGACAAAGCAGCAAGAAAAUCCAGGACAUGCAGCACGAGCUGGAACAGCUGACCAAGGAGCUGAGGCAGGUUAACCUGCAGCAGUUCAUCAAGCAGACCGGCACCAAGGUCACAGUGCUGCCAGCUGAACCCAGUGAGGAUGAAACUAACCACAGCAGUCAUGAUUUAAUUCCUUUGUCUGGCUUGUCCAAGCGCCCUGUUUCGUCCCACCCGGUGUCCAAUCACAUCCGAGUGCUCCACAGUCCUCUCAGUUCAGGCCUGAACCCUGAGGGGAUCUAUGUGUGAGACAGUCCUGAAUGGAGGGAACACAUCUUGUCUCCUUAAAGGGCCCAUUUUACCCCAGAACCCUUUUGUAAACAGAUGUCUUAGUACAGGCUACCUCAGUAGCACACCACUAUGCACUGUUGUUUCAUUUGCCUGGCAGCCUUGAGUGUGAAGACUAAUACUGAACAAUAGUGAUCGUUAAAUGGAAGUUUCUGAGCACUUGGUGGUAAAGGAAUACGGCUGGACAUUAUGACAUGAAGAAAAACAGCAGCACAGUCUCUGAACAUGUUAGGACUUCAUAAAGAAUCAGACUGUUGUGAAUUUCUUUUGUAAACACUUAAUGUACUUUUACUCUCACUUUAGUACCUGCUGAAUGAUUUGUAAUGCUUUCAUCACGAGCAUCAUGAUUCUAAACUAUUGCCUUUUGAACAGUAUUCUUGGGAAUCUUAGUAUUUGAAUCUAUGAAUUAUAUUUCUGUAUGCCAUCUCUGCCGUGAACACAUUUUGCCUGAUGUAAUGACAAGUUCCUAUAUAAGUAAUGAAGGACCCACUCGGGUCUAUAGAGAAACUAUAAUCAAUCAUUUUGCAUAUCAGAAUCUAUUCCUGUAGCUCUGACUCUGUUCAUGUUGAAACUAUGCACAAAUGGUUAAUAGUUUUGUUACUGAAGAAUGUUCCUGUGUAUGUACCAAACAGAUGACUUACUGUAAAUGUUUACUUAUAUUUCACCAUUAUUUAGUGAAUGGUUGUUUUACUCCAAAGUGGUGCACUCACAGUUACAAAAAUGCAGCGCCUUCAUUCCCACAGUGAUAUCUGCAUCAUGAAACAGUGUUAAUUAUCCUCUUAAGCUGUUUUCCUUGUUAAAUGACUACACAGUAUAUUUUUGCCAAGUGUGUUCUGCUUGUUUUGCUGUAAGGAUUGGCAGCCAAAGAUUAGGACGUCUUAAUGCAUGAUCGUGAUGCUAAUAUAGCCAUAUGAGGAUGUGCAGAGAACGUGCCGUACAGUAAAUUAGUUAGUUGAAUCAGAAAAAAAAGGUGGCAUGUAAUAGUACAAUGAACAGUUACAGCUACAGUGUGUAUGCUUGUGAGUAAGUCGACGAUUAACGAGAAGUUUGCGUGCAUCUGUAGAGUCAGAGUAGCCAAUAUAUGAAGCCCCUUUUAGGUUGUAGUUCAGCUGCUAAUCACAUCAAAGUGCCUUAUACUCAUUAUGCGGUUGGCGUAUUCAAACAAUGUACAGUAAAGCUUUAGUAGAAACAUUGAGACAAAGAACAUUGUCAGCUGAGAUCGAAUGUAGGUGGAGAGUGCACAGAGAGAAAUGGCAAUCGCACAGCAACAAAGAGGAAACUGUAAUUAUCUUUAAUCUGUCAGUAUUUUGGAGAAAUGUCAAUGGAGCAUUAUUGAUAGUGCUUUCCACUUUGCUACUGUAUUAAACCAUAAAACUAUGUGCUGUAAAAUGCAUUGAUUUUUAAUCCGAUUAUUUCUUGCCAUGCAACAUACUGUACACUGUAGUUUGGAUCAGUACUGUCACCCAGGAAGGGAAGACCACCCUGUAACAAAACGCAUAUCAUUACCACAGUGUGUCUCUGCUUGUCAUUGUACGGAGAGACCUGUUUUAAAAUCCUUAAAUUUAGAUUAGUUUAUGAUUGUCUAUACAUAUGUGGCUGGUUUCCCUUUAAGAAACCACUUGAGU